CAUGUUAAAUUGACCUCUGAUUAUCUUAUUGUAUGGAAAACCAUAGCACAGAUUACUUUGAUUUUUUUUAAUUUGCUUCAUCAUUAAGCUUAUGCAUGAAAAAGGUUAAAUUUACUUAUUUUAAAUGUACCGAUGUAAACAUUGCAGUUAUCUAUCUUUCUUCCAGUUUCAUAAAUUCCAUUAAUAUUUCAAAAGUCUGUGGUGACAAUGCUCUAAAUUGAAAUAAAAAAACCAGUUUACAAUCUGUUCAAAUCACGUCUGACAGGCAUUGAAUUGCAAGGAUUUCGGCACCAUUGCACUGUCAUUCAAUUGUUUUUCACACCACUAGGUACAUGUAUGUACCAGGUCUAUAAUAAGAGUUUCAUAAAGGGAAGUUACUGCAUUGAGCUCUUACUUGUUCGAACUUGAGUAGGAACUUGACCAUAAAACAAAUAACUUGCAUUUCAAAUCACUAUUUCUCAGAUUUUGCUUGAUACUGUAUAAAGGAAAAAUGGCUGCGUUGUGUGUACCAUAUGCCAUGGAAACUGAAGACCUGGAUCUGUUUGAGGAAGAGGAUCUUGCCACAUCCAGCUCAAGCAUAACAGACACAAAGUUUGACUUAGUCAUAGGAAAUAUAGAAGAUAUUAUAAUGGAGGAAGAGUUUCAAACCAUGCAGCAUGAUUUCUUAGAAAAAUACUACAAUGAAUUUGAUGACUCAGAAGAAAAUAAGUUUAUAUACACAGAUAUUCAUAAAGAAUAUGUUAGUCUAGUAGAACACUAUUUAGAAGAAGAGUUGGGAAAACGGCUUCCUGACUUCUGUAUGAGCGAGUUCUCCAGACAGAUCAUGGAGAGGAAGGAUGAGCUAGAUGGAGAAAUAUUUGAGAUGCUCCACACCUUCACAGAUUUCAUGUCUUUCAAAGAAAUGUUCCUAGAUUUUAAAGCGGAGAAGGAAGGCCGGACAGUGGACCUCAGUGUCGGAAUCACAGUAACAAACCUCGGUGCAGACUUCUGCAUGGAAGGAGCAUCUUUCUCAUUGACUGGACAAUCAUUUCCCCCAAACCAGCACUGAUCAAAAAUCCACUCUGUCUCACUUUGCUCCGUCCUGCUUCCCCCCGUCCUUUUCGCCAUCCAGCGAAUUCAGUGCGGUGAAAAAGUGAUGUUAACUCUUCUUAAGUUAUAAGUUAUAUUUAUUUUAGACUCUGUGCUCAAGAGGAUUACAGAAUGUGAUUUUGUCAGGAAAUGUUUGGCAUUAUUCACCUUCUUCAAAUGUUUGCUUUAAACUGUCCAUGUAUGUGUAGCUGUUGCCAUUAUGUUCUUCUGAAUAAAAAGCUUUAUUUAAAGCUGCACUCUCACAGGUUGAUUGUUUUGACAUUUAUUUUAUUUUUUCUUAGAAUGAGCCUUUUUUUUCAUAAUUGUUUGGAAACCAGUGACGUUAGACUGCUUACAAAAGAGCAGAUUGCAGUUUUCAUAUAUUCAUAUAUCUGUUCUACUGUGAGUUAUCUUAUAUGACUGAAUUGAAGACACUGAUGCCAAAAUGAACUGAUUCUGACCCCCAAAAUAUAAAAAAGGUCAAAACUGUCAAAUUAUGAGAGUACAGCUUUGAGGAUGAUAAGCAUGAUAUUGUACAACAAUUUAGCAUGUGUAUUUAUAUCAGUGUUCUAUAAUUUUAGAAAUCUCUCCUUGUGUUCAAUUACAGUGGGUUUUGAUUCAAAUUUUGUCAAAUGCUUUAGUAGUCAGGCGCGUAGCUAGGGCGAAUUUGGGAUUGUGCAGAUCGAUGCCUGACAGCAUAUUAACCCCUUCACCCCCUACCCCACUUUAGUUUUUAUUUCAGAUUUGGGGGUUUUGGAAUAAUAAAAACUUCGACCUGUCAAAAUUUCAAUAUGCAACUGCGUUUUUACAUACAGUCAGCUACACGCCUGGUAUUAAAGUUCUUUUGAUAAAAUUUGAGGUAGGUGUAAAACUUUACCCGAAGAAAAGUGUUGCAAGUCAUUAGUAAAAAAACUUGUUUACUGAAAUCUUACAUUAUACAGGAAAUGUAUAUAAAUGUUGAUAUUUUAAGGCUUCUACUUUAAAUCAGUUAUGUAAUUGAAAUAAAAAUAGAAUGCCGUGCAUGUACAGCUUGUAUUACCAACACUAGAAUGUGACAAUACUGCAUAUGCUGCGCUACAUUUACAACAGGUUUCUUAAAAAAAUGAAAAUUAUGAAAUUGUAGACUUUUGCAAUGGCAGUAUAAGACUACCGGUAUGUAUGUACCUUCUACAAGUGUGUUCUGUCCUGUCCUUUGUUUUUCUUAAUAUUCAUUGACUUUAUAUAUAAAAGUAUAUAAACUUGUUGAAUUAAUACACCUGUUAAAUAUUUGACAUUUUACAUAAUGAACAAACUUCAUUAUGGCAAAACGUGUUAAUUGUUCAAUUUUCUUGACUGUCACUUUCUCGCCUCAAAAUUAACAUUUAAUUUUCAGCUGUCACUUUAGGUAUUAAACUGCAUUGAAACUUUUUCUCCUAAGAUUUAUUAAUAUUCAUUUGCUUCAUUCUUGUGCCCUGUAACUAGCUAUGAUUAAUGAUUUUGUUCACCUGAAAUGUCAAUACAGCAAGAUUGUUACAUUUAAGACAUAUAAGAGGCCCAACCCAACAUUUAACAGGAUUACUUUUCUCAAUCUUGUAAAAAAAAUCACUUAAAAGAUGCACUCUUACUCCCAAAUAAGAUUUAACACGAUUAAUGAUAUUGCUUUAAUAUUCCAAAAAAAGAUGAAUAAAUGUUGAAAGCAAUGGUUCUUAGGAAGGAUACUGAGUUUAGUUUGAAAAAAUGAGCAUAAAGCAGUAUUUCUACCUUAUGAGACUACCUUACGCCAGAGUAAAUCUUUUAGCAUUCACCAAUUAUUUAAUAUUUUUGCAUUUUCAGCUGUUAAAUACACGGUUACGAACUUGUUAUCGGUAAUAAAUAUUUUCCAUAAAUGCAUUAUUUAGUAUGUUUUUAUCACUCAAAAUCUAUGUUUGUUAUACAUGUGUUGAUUUUGAAUAAGAGUGUCACUGGAAAAUAUUGAAGUGAAAUUGAAAAGUAUGUAGAACAAUGGGGACCACUGGGAACAAUUUAUCAAUGCACCUAUUGUACGACGAUAUUUCUGAGUGGUUAUAGUAUAUAUAUUUAUAAGCUUAUGUAUAUAGUUGUUAGGUAAGCCGUUGGUGAGAUUUAGAAGUAUCAAUUUUAAUUUGGGACAUUCUCUCAAUAUUUAAACUUAAAUUCUUAAUCAUUGGACAAAUGGUUGUAUUCUGAUGGAUUUUAUAUUCCAAGAUGUUUGUGCAUUGGGAGACUUAGUCACUAUGGUAAAUGGUAUACACAUAUACCCAAACCACACUGUGACGAAAUAUCCUGCAUUCCAUUGUUUUGUGGGCAAGACUGAAUGUAGUUAUGGCGUACUAUUUUCAGACGUGUAUCAUUUAUAAUUGCUGUUUACUAUUUAAAUUGUAACAAAGUAUUUUUGGUGAUUAGUUAUUGUGUCAGCCACUCAAUCAAGAGUAUUAAGGAGUUUCACAAUGGUUGUGCAAGUACCUGUAUCCUGUUGACAAUGUACAUAAACAUAACCACCAAACUGAGUGUAUUUCUUAAUGGUAAAAUUGAAUUAACUUUUUACCGAAUUCUAAAAUAAAUGUAUUCUCUAUUAUUAAUACAUGUAUACUUAAGUUUCACCAGUUGCUUUCAUGAGAAGCUGCUAAAGGCCUGUAAUCUCUGUACAGUCGAAACCCGUUUGAUCGAAAUCGCUUGGCUCGAAAUCCUCGUUUGCUCGAACUAGAUGUACGGGGCCGAUUUCUUUUAACUGAAUGUAAACGUUCCCGCUUGGUUCAAAUUUUCCGAGGCUCGAGGUAUUUUCGCCGGUCCGUGCGAGUUCGAGCCAACGGGGUUUGACUCUAUAUGUACAUGUUGUGAUUUAUUUUUAUGUGUAUGUUAACCUAAGUUUAAAGACUUAGAGUUACUUGCUUGUUCAUGGAAGUGAAAAACUGUAAUAAAACUGUUAAUGUUA